UACGGGGGACCCUGCGACGUAACUAGCCUGAGCCUGAGCCCCAGGCAAAACUUAAGCUUAAGCACAAAAAAAGUUGACCCGCGGUGGGCUGCCCGAACCCACUCACGUCGCAGUGGUGCAUGAGCUGCAAGAAUGGGUGCCUUCCAGUCGGUUCCGGACGACGUGCUCACCGUCAAGCUGGCCCCCUACUUGAUUGGGGGGCCGAUAGUCUCACUAGAACCGGAGCAGUUGCUUGUCGUGCGCGAAACCUGCAAGAGCGGACGCGACCUGGUGCAACUCGCAUUUAACAAUACCGCUUUGCACAUGCCCGUGAAUUUUAAGCCACCGCCGACACCUGAUGGUUUGUAUCCCCCAGAGCCGCUGGAGAUGCGAGCGUCGGCUCAAGUCGUGGAGGCCAUGGGCCGCGUUUUCGGCCUCGCCUGCACGGCCCUUUAUACCUGCGGUCGCUCACCGGAGAGAAUCGCAGCGCUCGAAGUGUUCGUGUCCAGAGCGAGCCGUUUGAGUGUGCUCGUCCUGUACGACGCAGCGGUGUCGGAGGAAGUGCUCGUGCGGAUGUGCCGCGAGUCGCCAACGCUAGAAAUCCUCCGCGGCCCAAGAUACAUGGAGACGUCAGAUGAGACCAUCCGAGCCAUCAGUAUAGCUUGUCCCCAUCUACAAAAUGUCAGCUUCUCGCGCUUGGGGAGGGAUUCGGGUGACUUGAGCCCAGUCGAAAGUUACGCCCGCCUCUUUCCUCAGCUCAGAGAUUUCGAACUUCACGGAGGCGAGUGGAUCAGUUAUACGCCGACACACGUCGAGGCCAUACGCGAGUGCGCGCUCAACUCGAAAGCAAUCGAUCUAGAGCUAGAGGGGUGCCACAUCACCGCCGACGUCAUCCGGGCCAUCGUCGGCACGCCCCUCGGCGAUCGUAUCCACUCGUUAGGUUUUAUCGAGCCUGAUGAUGAUAAUACAUAUCCUAGGGGCACAAUCAUUGAGCCGGAUGCUUUUCUCGCGGCGGCGCACGGUUUCCCGAAGUUGAGGAAUUUGUGCGUACCGAUGGGGUCAUCGACGGCGGGACCUGGAUUCUAUGUUGACCUAUCGAGGGCGACUAGUCGCAUCAUCAACCUCGAAAUUUGCGCCGUCGACACGACUGACGCCUGUGUCGCCGCUGCGUGUGCCCAUCUGCGCUUGGUGCGGCUCACGCUUACUGGACUUGAUGACUUAACCUCAAGCAUCGUCGAGGGAAUCAGUGCUGGCAGGAGCGCGAGGACGCUGAAAGGCCUCUGUAUCCGAGACUCUGCCAUUGAAACGGAUAGUCCCCUGCGCGCCGCUGAUAUGCUACGCUUGCUGCAAGGCUGCCCGAAUCUUUACGAUCUCACCUGGUAUAUCGGCGAGGCGCAUCAGGCGCGCGCCGAGCUAGACGACGCGCCGUGCGAAGCCAUCAUGGAGCUCAUGGAGAGCCGCGGUGGUGAUGUUUUGUGCUACGCGGGCGGGAGAGAAUACCCCGAAUUUGAGCCGCCGGAGCCGGGCUGUAUUUUCGAUUAAGUAUGCGAGUUGU